AUGUUUUAUUUGAGUUUACUAUUUCUCAUUAACUUAUGUUCUGCUGAUUUGGAGAUCUUAGAAAAUAAGAAAUCUUCUGAAACAUUUACAAUUCACUAAGGAGAACCAAAUAUCAUUUACUGGAUGCCAGAAGCUGAAGAUGCAAUAUUAAUACCAUUCUAAAAUAUGAGCUUCUGUUAAGUUAAACAAUAAACAAUUUAAACUGAAACUUAGCAAUUUACUAUAAUAUAAUCGGAUGAUUUUAAAGAGUAAAUUAUGAGUAUAUAUUUUAUUUAGUUAUGAAUUUGAGAUUGAUACUCCAUUAAAUUUUAGAGAAUUUGUUGGGAUGGUACAUAUAAAUGAUGGAAUGCUGGCAAUAACAUCAGAUGCAAUAGCAUAUUUAAUAAAAUUUAAUUAUGAUAAUGUUCUAUAAAGUUCAGGAUUUACAACUUAUGGAAAUUCUAAAGAUUUUGCAGGUGUAAUUUGGAAAGCUAACCUUUAACCAGUACUUCCUUCUAUACAGUCAAGAGAUGAAUUACCUUAAUUAGUGUAUUCAAAAAAAAAUAAUUUGGCUUUUGUUAUAUAUUCAGAUAGUGCAUAAUACUUUAGUGUAACAGAAAUGGAAAAAAAUGAAAAAACCAUGAACAUAAAUCAGAUAUUAAAUUGGGUUUAAAGAGAGGAAAGAGGAUUGACAAAAGAAAUAGAUGGAUAUUUGUUUUCAGCUGUUGGUAAAGAAGGAAUGGAUAUCUAUGAAAUAAAAGAGAGUGAUGUUAUUUAUAAAUAUACAGUAACAUUUGAAGAUUUCAAAUUGUAAAAGGAGUAAUUAGAAUUAAAGGAUUUUGCAGUAUUUAAAGUUAAAGAUGGAUAAUAUUAAUUAUACUUACUUGAUGCUAAGUAAGGCUUAAUUUUAGCUUAUAUGUUUAUAAAUUAAUAGGAAUUUGAAUUUGAAUUAGUAUAUAAUUUAGAAAGUUAGAAAGGUGGAAUAGCUGUAGAUACAAAGAAUGGUAAUAAUGUAUUUGCAGCCUUUGAAUAGAAUGGAAUCUAUUAUUAUAUUGAAUAUCUAGUAGACUUUAGUCAGAAAUCAUGUUCAAUAAUAACAAAAUAAUAAAUCAAUUAUAGAAUACUUGAUGUAGAUGCUACAGAUGAAUUUGCUAUUAUAAGUGGUGUUAAUCAUCAUUAGAUUGUAUUUAAUAAUGGCUAUGAUUUUCUUGCACCAAAUAAAGAAAAGAUCCUAUUUACCCAAAUAGGAAUGAGAGAUUUUUAAUUUUUUCAAUACACUUAUGAAGAAGAUCAAUUAAAGGAGGCUGUUAAAGAUGAAUAUUAAUAUGAUGAUUUCUUCUUUGGAGUAACUGCAACUAAUGCUUUUUUGACCAAAUUUCGAUUUGUUCCUGCAAGAGUAGUUUGUUUUGCAGAUCAUAGUAAUUAUAACAUUUAUAUUUAGAUAAUGAGGGAUGGCAGAAAUAAUAUUAUACUUUAUAAUUCAAUUCAUCACAUGUUGUUAACAAUACCAUUUCUAAUAAUAAGUUGAUUAGAACUACAAAGAAUUUCGCAGUACAAGUUGUAACUACUUAUUUAUUUGCUUAAUAAUGGAAACUAAUAAGAAUCUUACUCAUAGUAUUAGGAGGAAUCAUAUUAACAUCUAGUAUAUAUAUAUAAAUUUAUGAUUAAAGUUGGAAUUGUAAUCUAUUAAUUUAGAAAGUAUAGAAUUCAAGAGGCUAAUCUGGAUAGUGAGCUAAAUUAAUACAAAUAAAAACCAGUCGAUGAAAGUGGAUCAAAACUUAAUGAUUCUUCAGUCAUUAUUAAGGUUUAAAAAGUCGAAUGA